UGUCCCUGUUUCAGCAAAGGUUGUGAAAUGGCUGUAUGAACCUGAGAAAUAGCCUGAAACCCAUUUUCACUGCUCCAGGUUGCAUCUGAAUCAUUCACUCGAUUUUGAAAUUCAUUCACAGACUGAUGUUAAUCUUGCCCUAAUGUUGGCCUAUGACAAUGGGCGACUUGCUGUAACUAUCCCCGACUGUCAGCUGAAUUUUGACAAGUUAACACUGAAAAUACAAAGGGACAAAGAGGCCAACUGGAUCCAAAAACUCUUCACAGAUUUUGUCUCUUUCACUUUGAGACAUAUUGUUAAAGGACAGAUCUGUGCAGAAAUUCACAAAAUGGCAAAUCUACUGGCAGACUUCACUCUGCAUCAAGCAGGAUUGUUUAUACAAGAUGGGGAGAUUGCCACAAGUGUCAAGCUAACCAGUGACCCAGUACUUACCUCAGGAUACAUUGAAUCACAGCAUGAGGGUAGUGUCUCCUACAAGAACUCUACAGUUUUCCAGAAGCCCAGUGCCAUUCCAGUUGAGAGAAGGGAGAUCAGAAUGUUUAAUCUCUGGGUGUCAGAGCCAGUCAUCAACUCUCUCCUUUUUGCAGCACAUCAUGACAAUCGCUUGACCCUGACACUCUCUGAUGGCCAUUUGUUGAAACUUUUUGAAGAUGGAGAAUCUAAAAUUGAGUCGAACCUUUUACAACAGAUGGUCCCUGGCAUUCCUAUGCAUAACCUGAUGAUCACACUUGGGUCCCUAAGACCACCUUCCGCUCUCUUCAAGCCUGUAGGCACCAUUCUCCAGGCCUCUGUAUCCCUGCAAGUUGACGUGUUGUCCAGCAGUGAAGGCUCAUACAUGGCAUUAUAUUUGGAAAUGGAUUCUGAAACUAUUGUCCAUACAUCUUAUGCAGACAGCAAAAUCCAUCUACGGCCUUCUUCCCAUCACUGGUCCCUCAAAGUCGUAAGGAGUAAUCCUGAAAUCGCGCUGGAUGAGAGCAAAGCUAAACGUCACUUGGAGGCAUUUUUCGCAGCGGGAGGAUUAGAAAAGAUAAUCUCAUAUAUUGAAUUUUACAUCACAGCCCUACUUCACAAGAAAGGACUUCGCUAUUUUAAAAUUACCAACCCUGUGAUGGAGACAUAUGAGGGCUAUGUGACCAUUGGGACGGACUUUGGCUUUCCCCGGCAGUUAUUAGAGAAUUUCCUUCGUAACCUUGCACCAAUAAUAAGGACCUAAGUCUACAAUGUAUGGUGUGGUUCGCUUGGAUGGGGACUCAAUGAAGUGAUAGCUCUCAUCAGCUUGCAAGAAAAAUCUUUGUACUGAAGAUGUUCGAUUGCCUUUUGUCAAAUCGUCAGUGAUUUACUGCUCUUAUUAUGACUCAUUACAUUGACAUAUAUAAGAAUGGCAUUCAAAUAGAAUACAGGAGACAUUUGUCGUUCCCUUUAUUAUCGCAAUUUAUCAUCUGUUUAAUAUUAUGUUACUCUGCAGUUCUAAUCCAUAAUAUUUCUGUCAAUCCUGUACUACAUGCAGGUUCCCAGUGACUCCUUCCAGCAAUUAUAUUAUCCGUUUACAGAAUUUUACAUUUUCUUUUACACAUGAAGCAUAUUUUAAGAUUUUGAGGAGGAGAUUGGCUGGUGAGAGACAAGCUUUCAGGGCAGAAUUUGGAAGGAGGAAAUUCGAGUUCUAUGUUAAAGAGCAACCUCAUGCCUUGAGUCCUUUUGGUCAUUUUUCAGGCCUCUCCUCACCACCGUGUCCACAACACCUCAGCAGUUUUCAAUCCAUUUUUUUAAAGUGCUGAUGUUUGGGCAGUAAGUUUCAGCCAGCACUUUUGGGCUUCCAGUCAAAGCUAGAAUGUAGGCAUUGAAGAAAUACAAAUUGUUGAGAUAAGGGGAACUGAUGACCAAUAUCAACUUGCAUUAUCUCGUGAAUUGUAUGUGGCAGUACUGUGAGCAUUCAUGUCAUUUUCCAAUGUAUUGUGCUAUUUACAAUUGAACUGAAGAGACAGUGAAAACAUUACAGGCCAUCAGAUGGUAUCAUCGCA